AUGCCAGCAUGGCUCCUGCCGAAGCCACCUCGGAGGGACCCCUUGACGCCCUCCUUUCUCCCCGGGCCCAAACCUCGGCCUGCUUUGCACGCCCUGUGUCACCUGCUCCAACCGCGGGAGCCACGAAGACGGACCGCAGCCUGGGUCAUCCCCGGAACCUGGGCCCAGGCCAGAGCCCACACCCCGGGCACAGGCGGCCUCUUCGCCCACCGGACCCCACCUCCGCCUGCCUCCCGCACGCACGCAGAGUCACCGGCCUCGUGCAGCAGGGUCCCCCGACCCCCGGGGCGCCCAGAGCAGGCUCAGGGGUGUGCAUGCCUUCUUAGCGGCCGCAGGCCCGGCGUCCAGGCACCGCUCCGUGUCCCCUGCCCUUCUCCCCAGGAAACAACCGUCGCCCGUGCGCGUCCGCCCUCCACCGCCUCUCCCAGCUGCCUGGCAGCUGCAGGGAAGGACCGGCCCCCACAGGCCACGUGCUCGCGGCGGGCGUCCCCGGAAGAAGGCGGGCCCGGGAGUCCGACGCCCUGGAAAUGGCAGCCUGGAGAAGCUACUCCUGCCCGGAUCCUCCCAGCACCGUGGUGA